AUGCUGAUUGCGUCUGCGUAUCGUCUAGGAGAAGCCUCUGUUGGCACGGUGUUGGCUGCUCUCACUCCCGCAAACCCCAAGCAUGAAACCACGAUGGAUAUCAACGAGUUCCACAACAUUUACGCUCAUUCGCACGAGGGUUUGCUUCGCACUACUGCAAAGCGACUAGGUACCAAGUUGGUUGGUGACAUGCAUGCUUGUUCAGGGUGUUCGAUGUCAAAGGCUAUUCGAAAAGGGAUCGUUAGAGAAACUAAACGUAGAUCGGAUAAAAAGUUGGGCAGAGUUUUUGCUGACCUGGGAGGGAGGAAGGACAUUGCGUCCGUAGGGGGUAAACAUUACCCCAUAAUUGUGAAGGAUGAUUUCACGAGACAUACAUGGAUGUAUUUCCUGAGAAAUAAAUCAGACGCCGGCAGUGCAUUCCGGACUUUUCUUGCGAGUGUGCGUGCUAAUGGUGUCCCGUCAUUCGUUGAGAUUGUUAGAUCUGACAACGGAGGGAAGUUUUUCGGGGGGGAUUUUGCAUCUGUGUGCAAUGAGCUCUUGAUCAAACAAGAGUUCACACCGGCUUAUAGUCCGCAAUAUAAUGGUGUUGCAGAGCGUGGGCUGGGAUUGAUAGAAGAGGCCGCGAUGGCGGCUCGUAUUCAGGCUAAAGUUCUUUUUGGGCAUGUGCAGUUACCUAAGACUGAUAAACUCUGGGCUGAGGCUAUGCACUGGGCUUGCGAAGCGAUGAAUCACACUGCGUGCUCUGCUAACCCCGACUCUAUGUCGCCGUAUGAAAUGUGGUAUGGUGAACCUCGUCCCGCUAGACCGUAUCCGUUUUCGAAGCCAGCGUACUGCAGGUGGCAGCGACCUUCAAAGCUGCUGCCGAAGGGUGAGAGUUGCUUUUAUGUCGGUCCUUCGAGAGACCACCCGCGUGAUUGUCAUAGAGUACAUCCGAGGGCUGGGACUAUACAGGAAACGAGAAAUUGUGACGUGGGAGGUGUUGCAGUCACAGCUCCCUCCGCUGCAACCUUCUCUGCCAAUAGAGGUCGCAGAGGAGGGAGGGGAGGAUAG